AUGGGUUAUGCAGCUGCAACUGGCCGUCUUGAUGCUGCUGCUUGUGUACUUGGAGGAUUGUUAUUCUCAUGGCAAUUUCCACAUUUUAAUGCGCUAAGUUGGAAUUUACGUGAAGAUUAUAAAAAUGCUGGAUAUAAAAUUAUGUGUGUUACAAAUGAAGGACUUUGCCGUCGAACAACUUUAAGGUUUUUUAAAAAUUUUUGGGGAAAAAAUUUUUUAAGGCAUUCUAUUAUCCUCAUUUUUCUUUGUCAAUUGGCGGCUCCAUUGACAGAACUUACAACAUGGACGUUUUCUGCAAUUUCUGCUCCUUUAAAUUUAGGGAUGUUAAUUCUUGGAUGGAAAUUUUAUUCGAAACCAGAUUCAAAAAAUGCUCGUCUUUUAUUUCGUUACACACUUGCAUAUCUUCCUUUACUCAUGGUUUUAAUGUAUGCAACAAAAAAAGAUGUUGAUGUUGUUAAUAAAAAGGAAGAACAAAAAGGAGGAAUUAUAAAAAUAAAUGAACAAAAAAAUUUGAGGCUGGCAAUAAUAUAG